CGCGCCGUGCCCUUCCGAGCGAGCUCGUGCGAUCGAGAUCCCACCCCGGCGCCUGCAGAGCCCCAGGCGCAACUGGUGCGAGGGCUGGUUCUCGCCGGGCGUUGGGUCCCCCAGCUCGCCGCCGCCGCCGCCGCCGCCGCCGGGGCCCGGGCCGCGUGCACGCCCCGCGGGAGGCUUUGCAAGGCGGGGGCCUGUCUGCGCCGAGCUGGGCAUUUGCAUGAAGCCGCUCGACCCCCCGGAGCAGCGGCUGCAGCGGCGGAGCCCAGCGGCGGCGGCGCGAAGUCGGAGCCAGGCGGCCCCGGGCUCCGGGCCCCGGUGGAUGCGCGGCUGCGGAGGGGCCCAUGGGCCGGAGCUGAGGCUGCCCGGGGCGGCGGGGCGCGGGGCCGGGGGCGCGGUCGAGGCCCGCGGGCGGCGGCGCAGGAGGAAGCGGAGGAGAUCGGGCGCGCCGGGCCCGGGAGGCGGGCAGCGCAGCGCCACCGCUACCCGCGCCGGAGGAGCCGCGGCAGCCCCGGGCUCGCCAUGCUCCUGGCCUCGGCCGUGGUGGUCUGGGAAUGGCUGAACGAGCACGGCCGCUGGCGUCCCUACAGCCCCGCCGUGAGCCACCACAUCGAGGCGGUGGUCCGCGCCGGCCCCCGCGCGGGGGGCAGCGUGGUGCUGGGGCAGGUGGACAGCCGCCUCGCGCCCUACAUCAUCGACCUGCAGUCCAUGAACCAGUUCCGCCAGGACACCGGGACCCUCCGUCCGGUUCGCCGCAACUACUAUGACCCGUCCUCGGCCCCCGGGAAAGGCGUGGUGUGGGAAUGGGAGAAUGACAAUGGCUCCUGGACACCUUAUGACAUGGAAGUGGGCAUCACCAUCCAGCAGGCCUACGAGAAGCAGCACCCCUGGAUCGACCUCACUUCCAUCGGCUUCAGCUAUGUCAUUGACUUCAGCACCAUGGGGCAGAUCAACCGGCAGACGCAGCGCCAGCGCCGGGUGCGCCGCCGCCUGGACCUGGUCUACCCCAUGGUCAUGGGCGCGCUGCCAAAGGCGCAGUCCUGGCCCACCAGCCCCGGGCCCGCUGCAGCCUCGCCGCCCGGCCCGCCCUGCUCCUGUCCGCAAUGUGUCCUGGUCAUGACCGUGAAGGCGGCUGUGAUCAGCCCUCAGCAGCCCCCCACGACCGCCCGCAAGAACAUGCCCCCAGCCGGGGUGCUCAAGCUGCCCGCGCCCCCGGGCGCCAAGGCCCAGGAUGCAGGUGGCACCAUCCGAGGCCCCGGGAAGACCGUGCAGGUGCAGGCCGUGAGGAGACAGCCAUCCAGCUCGCUGGCUGGGGCCACUGCGGGGUCUCCGACCAGUCCCCCCGGGGCCAACGGCAAGAUGGGAAGGGUGGCCCUGGCCACCCUGAAUCGCUCCAACCUGCAAAGACUUGCUGUUGCCCAGUCCCGGGUACUGAUCGCCUCAGGGGUCCCCACUGUCCCGGUGAAGAACCUGAAUGGGUCCAGUCCUGUCAACCCGGCCUUGGCAGGAAUCACAGGGAUCCUCAUGAGUGCAGCGGGGCUGCCUGUGUGUCUCACCAGGCCACCGAAGCUGGUCCUGCACCCACCUCCCGUCAGCAAGAGCGAAAUCAAAUCCAUCCCUGGAGUUUCCAACACAAGCCGCAAGACCACUAAAAAACAAGCCAAGAAAGGUAAAACUCCAGAAGAAGUGCUGAAAAAGUAUCUGCAGAAAGUCCGGCACCCUCCUGAUGAGGACUGUACCAUCUGUAUGGAGCGCCUGACGGCCCCCUCAGGCUACAAGGGACCACAGCCCACUGUCAAGCCUGACCUGGUGGGGAAGCUGUCCAGGUGCGGACACAUCUACCACAUCUACUGCCUGGUCGCCAUGUACAACAAUGGUAACAAGGAUGGGAGUUUGCAGUGUCCAACCUGCAAGACCAUUUAUGGGGUGAAGACGGGCACCCAGCCUCCGGGGAAGAUGGAGUACCACCUCAUUCCUCACUCCUUGCCUGGCCACCCUGACUGUAAAACCAUCCGCAUCAUCUAUAGUAUCCCUCCUGGAAUUCAGGGACCAGAACAUCCCAACCCUGGGAAGAGUUUCAGCGCCCGUGGCUUCCCACGACACUGUUACCUACCAGACAGUGAGAAAGGGAGAAAGGUCCUGAAGCUGCUGCUGGUGGCCUGGGACCGUCGCCUCAUCUUUGCCAUCGGGACCUCCAGCACCACCGGCGAGUCGGACACUGUCAUCUGGAAUGAGGUUCACCAUAAGACAGAAUUUGGUUCUAACCUCACGGGCCACGGCUACCCGGAUGCCAAUUACCUGGAUAACGUGCUGGCUGAACUGGCUGCCCAGGGCAUUUCUGAGGAGAGCACGGCCCAGGAGAAGGAUUGAGAUGAUGAGAGAGACUUGGGGUGGGGUGGAAGGGGGACAGUGGGGACCAGGGAACAGAAAGUGGGGAAAGUCAAGGUCAGGGUAGAAGCUGGUGCAAGCCCACCAGACUCCCUUAUCUCCCCCUUCAGUCCUGUCUCUGCCCCCUGGUCCCUUCCAGCCACAGUGAGGAGCCAGGUUGAUGAAAAGGGGUCUCAUGCAUCAACUCCUCAUCCAGAAAGGGGCUGGGGGGUGGAGGGGUGAGGGCCACCCUCUGUCUGUUCCCCCUGCAGUUUUUGAUGCUGGUUAGGCAGCCCCCCCACACACACCCUAAGUCGGGGGCCUGGUCAGCACAUUUGGGGUAUGGGCGGUGCAUGGGCCCUCCAUACUGUGGCCAUGUGAAGCCCAAGGCUCCUUACCUCCUGAGGCUUCUUGCUGCUUUCAUUCUGCUUCGAGAGCAGCUUCUGUUUCUCUGUCCUCUGCCAGAGGCGAGGAGCUCUCACUGUGCAAGGUUAGGGGAUACAAAGGGGUGAACCGUUCAGUUGCUGUGACAUCAGAUGUCCAUGCCUUGGGGUGGACGACAAGGAAGCACUUCUUUCCGGGAGGGCCAGGGAGACCUGGGCUUCCAGGGGCAUAUUCAGCACUCAAGAUGGACUUCUCAUAUCCCUUCCUCCUCCUCCUCCUCCUCGUCCUUCUCCUCCUCACACACCUUUGACUUGUCCAAAGAGGUGUCCGUUUCUCUUGUGUGGAUGGGUUGACUCUGGGAUUCCUCUCAGAGGUGGCAUCUCGGGAUGGGGUCAGACCAGAGCCUGCAUCCCACUUGCCAUCCCAACUGUCCUCAGGGAGAGGAACCCACAGCUUUCUUCCCAGUGCCCCCCAGACAAGCUCAAAGAGUCCACAAGUCUCAUCAAGUCACUGUGAGCAGAGCCCGAGCUGGGCUCUCUGGCCAUCUGUGUAUGUGCACAUAUGUGUGUGUGUGUGUGUGUGUGUGUGUGUGUGCAGUCCCGGGCCAGGCUGGUGGACAGCCCCAUUGUAGCCCUGCACCCUAGUUUACAAGGUGUCCGGUGUCUGGGUCUAAUGGGGACAUCCGGCAGCCCGUCUGUGGCCCCUGGACUUUGAUCACCUGUUGCCAUCACACCCCAUAGCCAACUUGGGCAUUGAUGGAGAGAGAUGGGACUGUUCUUAGGGAAGAUGAGUACGGGGAGAAUUAGAUUAGGUCCUUCUGCUAGCUCUUUUAGGAUAGGAUCUGAGCUAGUCUCCACCCAGUCUUUGUUCUGUGGGGCUUUCCCACACAGGUUUACUAACCAGAACUCAGAGAUGGCUCCUGACCCCACCCCACUCCCAACUAUUACAGACUGGCCGUAAAGGAGACCUUUCUGACUCUUUCCUAACACGGCUGUGUCUGGGUUGAGUUGUAAGACCCCUGUCUAUCCCCUCUUGAAUGUUUCUCUUGCCUUCUAUUCUCACUAAGGAGGGAGGGAAGGUAAAGUAGGGGACAAGAAGGAGAGAAAGGGGAAUCAGAAGGGAGACCCAACUACUCCUUUGAAAGUGGGUUCUUUGAACUAUGUGUUUGGGGGGAAGUUCCUCUAGAUACUAAUUUGAAUUUAUAUACCUCAUGUUUUGGGGGUUUGACGUAUAUAUACAUAUAUAUAUAUAUUUCAUAUUACUUGGAAGAUUUUUUGAUGCUAAGAAAUUGGAAACAAAUGAACCUUCAAAAAUGGUACUUAAGUUAGGUCCAGAAGACAUGAUUUUCUGAGAGCUGGUCCUGGAGCUGCUGGUCACUGUUAGGCUGACAGCUGUUCUGAUGUCCAUGGGUGUGGACUGAGGAGUUAACCUGAGUGUCACCCGUUUUCCAUGGACAUGCUGAUGUUACUCCUUUCUUAGCUUUCCAGGUGGCUACAGGGACAUGAAUUGAGCGCCAGCAGAGGGAGCUCUGAUAAGAAGGGUUCCGGCCAUCUUAGAAACCCCCCACCCCUCCCCUAUUCCCUCCCCGGCUUCUACUCCUAGCAAGCAGCCACCUUCUCUCACCAGCACACCAGGAGACUGGCCCUGAGUUCACUGUACCACCAGGUGAUUUCCUUCUGCAUUCAAGAGGAAAUAAGCUAUCUCGACUGGGUGGAAGAGACAUCCACCCUGGUAUUGUUUAAUAUGACAUCCCCUAGCCUCCACCCCUUGCCCUUUGUCACGAUAGCACAUGACAGAAAAGAUCAUUGAAGAGCUCGCUCUUGUCAAGUGUCUGCAGGGCUGCUCACCUGCCAGUGAACAGAAAAAUAGGGGGCAGGGAAAGGGUGAAAGACCGACUCUGACAACUGGCAGUGGGCAUUUGGCUGUGUGUGUAUUGGGGGGGGGUGCGGUGCAGGACUGGUUUUCUAGUGUUGAGCAGCAGAGAGCUUGCGUGAGGGUGGAGGGAGGGCAGUCAAGGGUAAUAGGAAGAGAACCCAGAAAACACUUAAUUCCAGGCAGGGUAGUGUACCGGGGCAGUGGCUUCAGAGUCAGUCUUCAUAUCUUAAAACCUCCAUCAUUGACCUUGUCUAUGCCCUUCCUCUCUGAGGAUGCUGAGUGGUGGCUACCUCCUCUUCACACUGCUCUCCUUGUGGGACUUUCUGGGCAGAAAGGAUCUUGAAUCCCCCCUACCCACUCACCUCCUUUUUUUUUUUUCUUAACACGGUGCCAGCCAAGGCAGGAGGACAUACCUUUGCCCUUUUGUCUUGUGCCCACAUGGAAAGGUACUAUCUUGGGUUAAUUAGGGGAACCCUGCCAGCAGAGGCCCUGUCUACCCACUACUUGGACAAGAUGUUUUCCCACCAGAAGCCCAGCUCUUGGUUCCUUGGCUUAUCCAGGGAAUUCCAUGCCUUUCCAUUUCAUUCACUGUCUUAGCACCAGCAGUCUACUUAACUCUUGAGUCUCCAGGGGUGAUAAAAUGGGCUUGGAGACAGCUUGUCAGACAGUCAUCCCUUCGAAGACAACCUUGUGUAUGUAUGUUUGUGUGUGCCUCUGUGUUUUCCUUCUUUGUUUAUUGUUGCAGUUAUUGUUGUUGUUAUUGAUGUCGUUGUUGUUGGAUAGGACAGAGAGAAAUGGAGAGAGGAGGGGAAGACAGAGAGGAGGAGAGAAAGAGACACCUGCAGACCUGCUUCACCGCCUGUGAAGCGACAACCCUGCAAGUGGGGAGCCGGGGGCUCCAACCGGCCUCUGUGUUCAUUCCCUCCUCCUCACACACACACACCUUGCUUUAUUAUCAUCAUCAUCAUCAUCAUCAUUUUUUUUUAACUUGGACUUCUCUGUGGUUUUAUACUUGGUCAAAAAAAAAAAAGUAUUCAUCCUGGUAAUGCACAGUUCUGUGCAUUAAACGAUAAGGGGGGAUGGCCCCAUGGAAUAUAAGAAACGGCCCUGGUCCCUUUUGUUGUAUGUGGUCACUGCCAUUUGAGUGUGUGUGGGGGAGUGUUUUGGGAGAGGGCCACGGGCGAAUGUCCUAAUAUAAACCUUUGGAUUUGUAACUAGUUUGUGUUGAAGUCCAUGGUUUUGCUCUGUGAUGGGACAUCGCCACCUGGUGCUCAUAAGGUGUAUGUGCAGAACAAUAAAUGGCAAAUGAAGGACCCCAGGUCGUCCUCCCAACAUUCA